GCACAAGACAACGGCCUUGCUGAAAUAGUGGCCUCUGUGUUUCACGGCUGCUUUCAGCUGCAUUGCCUCUGCUGCUUUCGAACGUGUCGAUGCUCUCUCCUCUCGUCCUGGUCACAGAGACGCCGCUGUUUGGCCCAAAAGCUGUUUCCAGCACGCAAUUGCCAGCAUGGUGUAGCCGUACAGCCGCGCGUAGCGACCGAUACCUUCCUGAGUUAUGGCAGCAUCGGCGGCAGCGGCUAGCCGGGGUGCGCUGAUGCGGGCUGGGCUUACUCGGCGGCCCGUGCGCCGCUGCAGCGCGGCCGCCUCGCCAGUCCCUCGGGAAGCGGUCAAGGAUAUCUUGAACCACCUGAUCGCUGGUGAAGACGCUGCGGCGCUGAAGGUUGCAGGGCUGGUCGCCUCGCAGGAGGGCCGGGGAUCCGCCGAGUACGCUGCGCACCACGCCUCGGAGUGCGCUGCGGUGAUGUUUGCCCACGCGGAGGAGGCGCGCAGGCAGGCGCUCAUCUCUGCUGGCACGGGCAAGGCGCUGGAAGGCCGCGACCUCGCCGCCGUCGAGCUGCUGGAUUCCUCGCUGUGGCUGCCGGAGGUGCAGCAGUGCUGGAGCCGCCACCACGACGUCGCGAGGCUGAGCGGCGCGGCGCUGCGGCUGCGCGUCACGCCCAUGGGGGCGUCGUCCUCGAGCAGCGGCGGCGUCGCUGCCGCUCCAGCGCCUGAGGCCAGGGACUGGCAGGUGCUCGGCAGGGUGGUGCCCGUGAGGCUGCUGCUCUCCCCGUGGGCCGCGGUGCUGCAGUCCUACGCCUCCUCCGCAGUGCUGGAGUCGCGGUCAACGGCAGGCAUCCACCCGGCCGUGCACGGGGCGAUGAUGAACCAGGCGAAGCACUGGCAGGAGCACCUCGGCCAGCCCGGCCCGGAGGGCCCGCUGGAAGACCCGAGCGGCGGCGGGCGCGAUUAAAGUGGCGGAGGGUUGUCCACUAUGCAUUAUACCCCGAGUUCCACAACAAGCGCCAGGGGGACGUUAUCGCCACCGACAGCCUCAAACCGAUCCCCGUCGCCAGCAACCACCGCGUGCCGAAGGAGCUUCAGCACACGGCGCGGUGUGCUGACGAGGCGAGGUUGACCCCCGUGGGGUGGUGACCCCCCCACGCUUAUAAUCAAACGUAGUGUAUGAUUUUGUUCGGUACCCGAGCGCCCCGUCAGGGUUGCCCGUGCGUUUGCUUGUUUACUGUUGCUGCUGCUGCUGCUCCUCUUCCUCCUGUUUCCCGUCGCAGGCGAGUACGCGGCCGCCGAGUUCCGGGAGUGGGCCACGCAGAGUGCGGAGGCGGCGAAGGAGCACGUGCGGCUCACCUCGCACUUCUUCGCCGAGGUGGCGCAGCACACGCUGGGGGGCGCCCGGGGCCACCAUUUCUUGUCGGCAGCGGCCGAGCUGGUCGGUGCAGACCCCGCUUUGGACGCGGCCGCCGUGGAGUACGCGGCGCAAGUGUUCCAGGA